CAGAUGCCAGCUCUGCACCUUGGAUCUUCUCUGUACAGUUUUAGCCCAUCGGGACUAAUGACUUGCACAUUAAAGAAAAUGAUCCAUUCAUCAUAUUAUUUUUAGCAGUUAAAAUUAUUUUUCAUCAAUAUGUACAACUUAUAAAAUUUAAGAGUUAUAAAACCUGUAAGGCUUUGUUUAAAAUAGCUUGCUUUUUAGCACUCAGAACUUCAACAUUUACUUUGUUUUUCUUAUCAAAGUCCUCAGAAAUGUAGACUUUCAGGAAAGAUAUGGACUUGGACGCAUACAGUUUUAUCGUGGAUUGCAGUGGAUUUAAGUGGACAACUCAAGACAUCACCCAUUUUGUUGUCCAAAAUACCACAUGAGCUUAUUACUUAGCUUUAAUGCAAAAGAAGUUGCUUGAAAAUGGCCUGGGUAAAAUUCUUACGGAAACCUACUGGUAAUCUUGGAAAGGCCUAUCAGGCUGGAAGUUUGCUGUCCCUAGCCCCUACUGUAGGCUUGUUAAAUGAACCAGGACAAAACAGCUGCUUCCUUAAUAGUGCUGUGCAGGUUUUAUGGCAAUUAGAUAUAUUCCGAAGAAGCUUGAGAGUUCUGACUGGACAUGUUUGUCAGGGAGAUGCCUGUAUAUUUUGUGCAUUGAAGACAAUAUUUGCACAGUUUCAACACAGUCGCGAAAAAGCCCUUCCCUCAGAUAACAUAAGGCAUGCUCUUGCAGAAAGCUUCAAAGAUGAGCAGAGAUUUCAGCUUGGCCUCAUGGAUGAUGCUGCCGAGUGCUUUGAAAACAUAUUGGAGAGGAUUCACUUUCACCUGGUGCCAAGCAGGGAUGCAGACAUGUGCACCUCUAAGUCGUGUGUCACUCAUCAGAAGUUUGCCAUGACUCUGUAUGAACAGUGUGUGUGCCGCAGCUGUGGAGCAUCCUCAGACCCUCUACCCUUUACGGAAUUCGUGCGGUACAUUUCUACAACAGCCCUGUGCAAUGAAGUUGAAAGAAUGAUGGAAAGGCACGAACGCUGUAAACCAGAGAUGUUUGCGGAAUUGCUGCAAGCAGCAAAUACGGCCGAUGACUAUCGGAAGUGUCCUAGUAACUGUGGCCAAAAAAUAAAAAUUCGCCGUGUUUUAAUGAACUGCCCAGAGAUUGUUACAAUUGGAUUAGUCUGGGAUUCUGAGCACUCUGACUUAACAGAAGAUGUUGUUCGAAGUCUAGCCACACAUCUCUACCUUCCUGGGCUUUUUUAUAGGGUUACUGAUGAAAAUGCCACAGACAGUGAACUUCACCUUGUUGGUAUGAUCUGUUACACCAGCCGACACUAUUGUGCCUUUGCUUUUCAUACCAAGAGCUCCAAGUGGGUGUUUUUUGACGAUGCACACGUGAAGGAGGUUGGAACCAGAUGGAAAGAUGUGGUCUCCAAGUGCAUACGAUGCCACUUACAGCCACUCUUGCUGUUUUAUGCAAACCCGGAUGGCACAGCUGUCUCGACUGAGGAUGCACUCAGGCAGGUGGUCCACUGGUCACAUUACAAAUCGGUUGCAGAAAAUAUGGGAUGUGGAAAGCCUGUCAGCUACAAACCAGAUAAUUCAAAGGAAAAUGGAUUUAGUGAUCAGGCAAAACAAAGAGAAAAUCACAAAUUUCAAGCUGAUAAUAUUUCAUCAUUUAAUCGGAGCCAAAUACAGACAAGUGGAAGGAGAGGAGCAGUUAAGUUAAGCAAUGAUCAAAGAGAAAAGAUAAAAGAUAUUUCCAGAGAAUGUGCUCUGAAAGCCAUUGAACAGAAAAAUGCACUUUCUUCUCAACGGAAAGAUUUAGAAAAGGGGCAAAGGAAAGAUACAGGCCGACACAGGGAUUUGGUUGAUGAAGAUGUCUCAUCUUUCAAGUCUGGAUCACCUCCUGCCCCGGAUGGAUUCCGACAACAGGGGACCCCUCAUCUCUACCAUAGCCAAGGCAGAGGACCCUGUAAACAUGACCGAGCUGCCCAUGAGAGCCACACUUCUGGGAAACUGUUUAGUUCAAGCAAAUCCCAGAGUCUUCUUGUUCCUGGAGAGAAGACCACAGGCAGAUCUAAGAGUGACAGCGGCGCUGGGUAUGAUACGGAUAGCAGUCAAGAUUCAAGGGACAAAGUGGCCGGCUGCAGUAGCAGGGUUAAAGGCCGCCACCGUGGCUGGAAACCCAUGAGAGAAACAUUAAAUGUUGAUAGUGUUUUCAGUGAAAGUGAAAAAAGGCAACAUAGUCCUAGGCAUAAGUCAGAUGCCAGUAACAGACCUAAAUAUAGCAAAGAUCAGAGUUUUAACAAUUGGCCAAAAGCAAACCCAAAGCAGAAAGGGUUAAUGACCAUAUAUGAAGAUGAAAUGAAGCAGGAGGCAGGAAGCAGAAGUUCCCUUGAAAUUAAUGGGAAAGGAGCAGAGAAAAACACAAGCAUCACAGAGAGCAGAGGCCCUGGUAACAGCUGGCAGAUGCAAAGGACAGAGUCUGGGUAUGAAAGCAGCGAUCACGUCAGUAAUGGGUCUGCUAAUUUGGACUCACCUGUCACUGAUGGAAGUGGGACAGUAAUGGAGACCACUGGUGGUAAAGCCUUCAGUGAACAGGUUAAGAUGGGUGAUCUAAAUAUAAACACUGUGGAGUGUGUAUCUCAUCAGAGCAAAGACCACUUAGAAGGCUUUAGAAAAAAAACCCAGGACUUGGAAGCAGGUGAUAAACGUCAUGAGCUCCACCCAGAAUCACAUCUGCAAAUAAAAAGCCAUUUGAUAAAAAGGUCACAUAUUGGUGAAACCCAUGACAAGUUGUUUCCUUCAGCCAGCCCACAAACAUUUAAGGACCAUAUUGCAAGAGAGCCUGUCUAUCAGACAAAUGAACAGAAAGUGGAAAAAUCUGAUGGGACCAAGUUUUCUGAAUGGCAUAAUGUAGAAAAUUGUGAAGGAACAACAGGCUUGCUGUUUCCCAUUGAUGAUAGUUCUGUGCCUGGAAAGAGAGUCGACAGUAAUGAAACCGUCUCGCCAUCUCCAUUGUCCUCACACGGGAGAACUGCUCAGCUAAAGCCAGAACCUGGACCCCUUGUAUUUGGGCCACAACAAAACAUCCCAGAACAGUGUAACUCUGAGAACUCUCUGUCCAGAGAACAUACACUUCAGUCAGCCUGCUACACUGGUAGUUGUCAGAUGCCAAAACUUCAUUGCCACAGCUCCCCACCCCCUUUGCCGCCAAAGAAAUAUUCUACGACCAGUGUGCCACAAUUAGAGAGAGCGGAAUUUGUACCUCAUGCCAGACUUACAGAGGUGUUCAAAGCUAAUUCCUCCAGUCUUCCAAAACACAGUUUGAGUACUACAUCAGGACCAAGUUUAGAAGGGAGUGCGUACAUGAUCCAUGAAAGAGAUAAAGAAACUGUUCAAGUGAAGCAGCAUGCUGCCAACAACUACCCAUCCAGUUAUGCAACUAGUGAUUUUCAGGCAAACUCAAAAGCAGUAGUUGAUGCACCUUGCCAACCAGAUCAAUACUCUAGUUCUGUGUGCCCAAAUGAAGCAGUUUCAUUAACUACCUACUUUUCAGUUGAUAGUUGCAUGACUGAUACAUACAGAUUGAAAUAUCAUCAAAGACCCAAGCUCUGUUUCCCAGAGAGCAGUGGCCAUUGUAAUAAUUCACUAUCUCAGACUGAGCAAGUAGAGGGGUCCAUUACAUAGUGGUCAUCUUGAUUCAUGCUGCCUUCUAAACAAAGAUAUAAACCUUGGUAUGCAUUGUAAGAUAAAUGAGCCGGCCAUUAAAAUAUUCAAACUGACCAAACCUAAAGACAUAUAAAACAAAAACUGGUAUUUUAAAAAUUAUUAACCAGGUUAACCUUACAUAUUUCAGUUUACUAAAUAUUUUGGAAAUUUCCUUUGAGUGGUCUUGGCAUACCUUGAAAAGUAAGAAAGGGAGUAUAUAAUUCCUUUGCUGUAUAUAACAGUUGAGCAAACACCAUGUCUCCUGUUAUUUGGCUAGUAGAUGUAUAAGUAUUAUGCUAACCUGUAUUCAUAUGUAGGUUGGUGCAUUUUGCUAAUUAAGAAAUUCAGUUUGUCUAGGGAAAGCAAUAUUUGCUUUUUGCAGAGCACUUUCUAGUGGGUAACCAAAAAAUGGCUAUACCCACAUACUUUUGACUUCUGUGAUAGUCUAGUAUGUGUGAUCCUUCAAGUGUCUUAAAAAUACCCAUGGAUUUGUUAUGCUAUCAUCUGGAAAGCAUUUGCCUUAAUGAUCAACAUUUUUUUAAUUAAAAUCUCAACUUAAUUUGUUCCUAGAACUUUUCAGAAUAUCUACUUAACAUAAAUCAGCCCUUAUAAUUUGUACUAAAAAAUAUUUCGGUCAUGUAAGUUAAACAUAAAAAUACUACAGUAUAUUCUUUAUCUUGUUAAAUUGUUUUCUAGCUUUGUAUGAAAUGUGAAAGGUCUUCCCUUUGGUUUGAUUUACUUUGGGCUGCUAAUAACCAGUGUUACAAUUAACAUUGGGCUUCCUUACUGGGACUGUCACUGUAACUGCUGCUUUCACUACUUAAAGAUUGCUAAAGAUUGUCAAUGCUUAAGUUAAAUUUCUGCCUUUAUAUAAAGGUUUAAUCUUGAUGAAAUGCUAUUCAUUUUUUCUCUUAAAAAAUGGUAAUUUGAUCUUCACUACUGCCAUGGAGUUGAGUUUAUAUUGAAAGGACUUUUCAUUAUUAAUUGAAUUGCCUUAUUAGUUAUGAUUUUAAUUUGUAACAAGCCAAUAAACUGAUUGGGCUUUAGAAUAGUUUCAUAAUGCCUACUCCAGAGAAUUGACAGCUACAAAGUUAGUUGUCUUUAUAAUAUCUCUAAAUGAGUAAGUUUUGUAAUAAUUACUUUAAAACUUAGUAAACUGAUAAACUCAGUAGCUUGACAAGGCCCACCAUAUGUUGUUAAAAUCCAAAAUGUGUUUAAGAAAAGUACUUUUAGGUAAACUGAAAAUUGCUUAUAAAAGUCUGAAUUCAUGCUGUUACCAAUUCUUGGCCCAAACUUGUUUUUGUUGCUCUUUUCCAGCCAUGAUAGUUGGUGUCAUUACUUUGUAUUCUCUUAAACACUUGAAUAUCAAGUUAAAAUUGAUCUUUAAAGAAAGCUUAUUUUUUAACAGCUUUUAGUAUAGAGAAUUUGUAAAUAAUGUAAAAUUUGUAAAAUUGUAUUUGAAAUGUCAAUGUUUAUAAUUCUUGCUUUUAUAACAUUGUAAAAUACUAGAAAAGAUUUUCAGUUAUUUUUAAUAGCUUAUUAAAGAUUUUUAAGUUUAAAAAGUUUUUCUAUUUGGUCCAUAUUCCCUGUUGGGAAUGUAUUAUUUGAAACAUUAAACCAAUUUCUGUGUUUUACAGCAGUUUCAUAGAUGUACUUUCAACUCAGUUGGGUUUGCAAACAGAAAUGUUGUUUCUCACUUUAAUUAAUGAACUAUUUAGUUAAAACCCUCUGCAUUAUAUAAUACUGACCAAAGUAGAAACUAGCCAUGUGUUGAUUCAACACAGAAUAGAUUCAGUACAUAUUGGCCAAUUGUGUAAAUAUCUUCUCUGGUGCCUAUUUUUAUCAAUGUUUCCAUGCUAUAAGCUUGUAACUUCUUAAAUAAUGCAAUUAUGUUUCAAAUAGUUAUCUCCAGAAUAUUUAUUUUCAUGUGAAAUCAAUUUCUUCUGGCUCAAAAAAAAAUUAAGAGACUCAAUUUUAAGCUAAUAUAGCUGGUCCUUUUUUUUGCAUUUAUGAACUGUGUCUCCUUCCGCACAUUACACAUUUUAUGGGAAAUGCAAAAAAAUAAUAAUAAAGGUCAUAAAAUAUCCCAGGAUGUUCCUAAGAUUUAAAUCCCAGCAAAUUCUGAGUCACAGUUCCCAGAGAAAUUAGAGGCUGUUCAAUAGAGGGCAAGAUGUAAAUGAUUUGGACUGUGGACAGUAAAUUUCUGUUAACAACUACACAGCUUUUUGGUUUGAAAACAGCCAUAAGCAAUUUGUAAUGGAUGAGUACAGCUGUUUUUUAAUAAAACUUUAUUAGCAUCAAAA